AUGUUUCGUAGUCAUAUAACAGAGAAUACUAAAGCCAGAUUAGCAAAAAUUAAUACUGAAAUAGGAGUUAUACCAGGUGGUUUGACCUCUUUGCUACAACCACUAGACGUUGGUUUAAAUAAACCAUUUAAAGAUAACGUAAGACAAGAAUGGAACAAUUGGAUGUUGCAUGGAGAAAAAUCAUUUACAAAAGGCGGAACAAUGCGUGCUCCUUCCUUGGAUGUACUGUGUGAAUUUGUUGUCAAAUCAUGGGAUAAUGUGAAAAAAGAGAGUGUAAUAAAGUCAUUCAAAAAAUGCGGAAUAUCUAAUGCAAUGGAUGGCACAGAGGAUGAUGAUCUGUUUGAAAGUGACGACGAACCUGCAGUUGAUUCACCAGAUUCAAACUGGGAUCCUUAUGAUGAAACCGCAUAUUGUAGUAGUAUUGCUGGAGCUUUAAGUUUGAAAGCAGCUCUAACUGGUUUAGGAGUAGGGGAAGCAUCUGCAACAUCACUAGCAGCAACCAUUACCUGGCUUUUGAAAGAUGGUUGUGGGAUGAUUGCGUCCAUUGCUUUUGCAUAUAUGAGAGGGGGUCAGCUGGACUGUAACAGUAAACAGUGGCGUUUGUUUGCAGAUGUUGCUAAUGAUCUGAGUCAUUUUUUGAAACUCUUGGCUCCCAUUCUACCAGUUGCCAUUUCUUGCAGUUUAUGUGUUUUUUCAGCUGUUAUGCAAUCUUUGGUUGGGGUAGCAGGUGGAUCUACCCGUGCUGCAUUCUCUUAUCAUCAGGCACGUGGUGACAACAUGGCAGAAGUAUCAGCAAAAGAUGGUAGUCAGGAGACCAUGGUGAAUCUAGCUGCUCUUAUCACCAAUAUUACUAUUCUUCCGUUUGUUAUGUCUAGUCCACUGUUCACAUGGACAACGUUUGUUUUGUGUGUAUUUUUUCACCUCCUUACCAACUACUUAGCUGUUCGAGCUGUAAAAAUGGAAUCACUCAACAGACCUCGUUUAAUGUACAUUCUUUCUACUUGGUUCUCAAAGUCAUCCAUUCCUGGAAUUGAGGAAACUAACCUUUCAGAGCCUCUCUUCUCUGGGCCUGCUUUUAUCCCAGACUAUUUUCCUUUUGGAUUUCGGCUUUCGUUGGGAUGUUCUUUUCAUGAAGUAAUGCAGAGAAAUAUGGAAAAGGUUGAUCUUGGAAAUUACUUCACAAGUACAUUAGAAGUUUUAAGGCAAGAAAAAUUUAUGGUUUUAGGAGACUCAUCACAGAGGCAUCUUUACAUUGUAUAUCAAAGGGACAUCUCACCUCAGGAAGAAUUAGAAGCCUUCUACAUUGCAUACCUUAGUGUCCUUAAUUAUGUUCAUCUGUCUGAGGAUUUUGUUUUAGCAUCAGAACAUGUAGCACCAAGCUUAACAUCAUCCUCUUCAUUAGGGGAAAUCAUUUCAGCUGUAAGAUUAUAUAGUAAGAAGAUAUAUCCAGAUUUUUUACAGCAUCUCAAGGUGAAAGGCUGGCAUACAGAGAAGCUGCUGUUUGCUGCAGGAGAAUGGCGAAUUCAAACGUAAAUUUUCAAAUAUUUAUGGGAUUGUCAACAAUACUGCCAACUCCCUCUUCUUGAUGUGCAUGUACUGUACUAACUUCUAUAUGUACUAGAAGCUCAUUUUGAAAGAAAAUUAUUGUUCAUGUUUUACAUAUAUGAUAUAAUA